AUGCUUGUAGGCAGGGCGCAGGUGCUGAUUGAAAGGCAGCAGACGCGGGCCACGCCGGCAUCGAAUGGUGGCAGCGACAUGGACCACUAUGUGCGGGUGGAGGGUGGCCAGUUUGUUGUCGACUGCAAGCGCUUCUACGUCAGCGGGUGGAACAUGUGGGAGCUGGUGGAGGCUGCCGCCGGCGGCCUGGAGCUGUUUGGCGCGUCGCUGCCGCCCAACACCACCGGGCCCGCGCUCGUGCGCCGCAUGAUGGACCGCGCGGUCGCUAAUCAGUUCAACGUCAUACGAGCCUGGGCCCACACCGUGACACCGCAGUACGCGCUGCAGACUGCACCUGGGCAGUACAACGAGGCGGUGUUUCGGGGCCUGGACUAUGCGCUGGAUGAGGCGCGCAAGCGGGGACUGCGGCUGCUGCUGUCGCUGACAGACAACUGGCAGGCCACGGGCGGGGCCGACGAGUUUGUGCGCUGGGCGGGCAGCGGGGACCACGAGUCCUUCUUCACCGACCCCAAGGCCAAGCAGCUGUACAAGGCCCACGCGGCAGCGGUGCUGAGCCGAGUGAACACCAUCAACGGCCGACGCUACAGCCAGGACCCAACCAUCUUUGGCUGGAACCUGAUCAAUGAGCCUCGGUGCUACCAGUGUGGCGGCGUGCUGGCGCGGUGGGUUGGCGAGAUGGCGGCACACGUGAAGGCGCUGGACCCCAACCACCUGCUCACUGUUGGGGCUGAGGGCUUCUACCCGGCCAGCCUGUCCCAGGCGGCCGCCAACCCCCAGGGCGCCGACUCGUGGGCCAACGAGGAGGGGCAGAACUUUGUGGCCGACCACGCCUCGCCAAGCAUCGACUUCAUGUCGAUGCAUCUUUGGAUCAACAAUUGGUGGGCUGUGGACAAGCCGCUGCUGAUGGAGGAGUUUGGGGUUUGGGGCGGCAACGGCGACGAGCAGCAGCAGUACUACAGGCUGAUUUACGACGCCAUUGCAGAGAACGCCAAGGCCGGUGGCCCCGCCCAGGGCGCGCUGUUCUGGACGUGGUAUGCGGAGGGCCAGAAGGCGCCGGCGGAGGAGGGCGGCACGGCAUCCGGCCUGUUUGGCGUGUUUGAGAGCAACAGCGCCGUGUGGCCGCUCAUGCGCGGCUUCAGCGCCACCAUGCGCAGCCUGAGUGGCCCGGCGGCGGCGGGGUGCCGCCCGGCUGGGCGCGCUCCCGCAGCAGCGGGCCCGUGCGGUGACGCUGGGUACGAAGGGCCGGGCUGCAACAUUGACAUCAAUGAGUGCGCCAGGCAGACGGCUGGGUGCGACCCCAACGCCGCCUGCACCAACCAGGCCGGCGGCUUCGCCUGCCACUGCUUUGAUGGCUACACUGGGGAUGGCGCCAGCUGCCAGCCCGCCGCGGCCCUGGCAGACGUGCAGACGCAGUAUGUCAGCGAUGGCGCGGCGCGGCUGGCGUGCAGCGAGGGCAGGGACGUGGUGUACCCCGAGGGCGCUCCAGGCUUCCAGUACGAUGUGACGGGGGCGCUGGACCGGGUGAAGGGCGGCGGCCAAAAGGACGGCUACGGCUCAAGGUCAGCAGUGGAGCCCAUCAGCUGCAUGCUGGCCUGCAACGCCGCCCCUGGCUGCGACUCGUUUUCCUACAACGCGGCGCAGAAGCGCUGCUUCCUCAAAAGCGGCGCCUCCCGGCAGACGUGCGGCUCCGCCCCGACGGUGUGCGUGUCGGCACGCGGAAAGACGUACUCAUGCGGUGUCUGGAUGACGUACUUCAAGCGGCAGGCCACUGGUGGCAGCACUGCCGUCACGCAGGCUCCGUCCAAGGCUUCCUCGGCGGCGGCCAACGACACGCCAGCGUCUAGCAGCACGGCCAGCAAGCAGCUGGCAGCAGCGUUCAGCAGGCCUUGA